AUGUCUUCGAAGGAGCUAUAUAUCGGUAAUCUUGAUCCAGAUACGAAAUCACAAGAGAUGAAAGAUAUCUUCGAACAGUAUGGGAAAGUUAAUAGAUGUGAGGUUAAAUUUGGCGUUUCAGUAUAUUCAGUAGCAUUUGGUUUCAUUGCAUUCGAAUCCAGUAGAGAUGCCGAGCGUGCUCAACGAAAAGAACAUGGUCGCAGUCAUCGUGGUCGUCGAUUGAUUGUUGAAUUUAGCAAAACAACGCCAGGACAAAAUCGACAACGCAGUCAAUACAGUGUUGGAAAUGAACGUAUGAAUAAUGGCAAUAGUAAUGGACGAAAUCGUUCUAGAUCUCAUGAUCGUAAUAAUUCAAAAAGUCGAAGACGUCGUUCACCAUCGUAUAGUCAAAGAUCAUCGAUAGAUCGAAUAAGUACUGAUAAUCAUCGUCGAAAACGUGAUCGUUCAUCUUUAUCAAAUGAUUAUAAAUCAAGUUCAAAACAACAUCGUUCAUUUUCAAAUCAUAGUAAACAUCAUAUUUCAUAUUCAAGUAAAACUGAAAAUAGUGACAAGCAAUGA